UGCAUGGUAGCUCUAAUGACAGAAUGGUCACCAUAGAAACCACAGGCCCUCUCAAGAGCACAGAGGCCCUGGCAGGAGAAAUCUACUCCACACCUGGUAGGAACAGAAGCACCAACUCUAACGGAGCCCAGAGAAGAAAGCCAGGGCGUGAGGGACACAGUUACCUGUCACCUCGUUCCUCAAAAGCCAUCCCCAAGCCACUGGAGGGAGAGACCUUUUCUGCUGAGUCUGUCUGGAGGCCCUCCCAGCUCAGCACCACUGGAAUCAAGUCCAUCAACACUGAGGACAUUUCCCUGGAACCACAUGGCUCCUCCUGGAGAACGCCGGGCCUGAGGUGGCCUCGGUGGGGAGGGGUCCAGAAGGGAACAUGAAAAGGAGGAAACUGUGACUUCAACCAGCUGAGGCGGACUGCACUCUCCGAGGCCUAGUGCUGGCUGUGACUGUGUGGGAGAAUCCUGGGCUAGGUCCGCUUUGGAGACCUGGUGCGGAACACUGAGGGGUCCCAGCUCCCCCGGGCUGGCAGCUGCUCAGAUGCUGGAUGACAGAAUCAGGAUGGAGGCCCCCAAGAAGGAAAAGGUAGAGCAGAUCCUGGCAGAGUUCCAGCUGCGGGAGGAAGACCUGAAGAAGGUGAUGAGGCGGAUGCAGAAGGAGAUGGACCGUGGCCUGAGGCUGGAGACCCACGAGGAGGCCAGUGUAAAGAUGUUGCCCACCUACGUGCGUUCCACCCCAGAAGGCUCAGAAGUUGGAGACUUUCUCUCCUUAGACCUGGGAGGAACCAACUUCCGGGUGAUGCUGGUGAAGGUGGGAGAGGGGGAGGCGGGGCAGUGGAGCGUGAAGACCAAACACCAGAUGUACUCCAUCCCCGAGGACGCCAUGACGGGCACCGCAGAGAUGCUCUUUGACUACAUCUCCGAGUGCAUCUCUGACUUCCUGGACAAGCAUCAGAUGAAGCACAAGAAGCUGCCCCUGGGCUUCACCUUCUCCUUCCCUGUAAGGCACGAAGACAUAGACAAGGGCAUCCUCCUCAACUGGACUAAGGGCUUCAAGGCCUCCGGAGCAGAAGGGAACAACAUCGUGGGACUUCUCCGAGAUGCUAUAAAGAGGAGAGGGGACUUUGAGAUGGAUGUGGUGGCGAUGGUGAACGACACAGUGGCCACGAUGAUUUCUUGCUACUAUGAGGACCGCCAGUGCGAGGUCGGCAUGAUCGUGGGCACGGGCUGCAACGCCUGCUACAUGGAGGAGAUGCAGAAUGUGGAGCUGGUAGAAGGGGAUGAGGGGCGCAUGUGUGUCAACACUGAGUGGGGCGCCUUUGGGGACUCAGGCGAGCUGGAUGAGUUCCUGCUGGAGUACGACCGAAUGGUGGACGAAAGCUCAGCGAACCCCGGUCAGCAACUGUACGAAAAGCUCAUUGGUGGGAAGUACAUGGGCGAGCUGGUACGACUUGUGUUGCUCAAGCUGGUGGACGAGAAUCUUCUGUUCCACGGAGAAGCCUCGGAGCAGCUGCGCACGCGUGGCGCCUUCGAGACCCGUUUUGUGUCGCAGGUGGAGAGCGACUCAGGCGACCGCAAGCAGAUCCACAACAUCCUGAGCACUCUAGGGCUUCGGCCCUCGGUCACCGACUGCGACAUUGUGCGCCGUGCCUGUGAGAGCGUGUCCACGCGCGCCGCCCACAUGUGCUCAGCCGGACUCGCGGGGGUCAUAAAUCGCAUGCGCGAAAGCCGUAGUGAAGACGUGAUGCGCAUCACGGUGGGCGUGGAUGGCUCCGUGUACAAGCUGCACCCUAGCUUCAAGGAGCGGUUCCACGCCAGUGUGCGCAGGCUGACACCCAACUGCGAAAUCACCUUCAUCGAAUCGGAGGAGGGUAGCGGCAGGGGAGCAGCGCUGGUCUCUGCGGUGGCCUGCAAGAAGGCCUGUAUGCUGGGCCAGUGAAAUCCAGGCCACAAGGACAGGGACCUGGGCUCUAUGGGGACUCGACACCCUUACAGAUGCUGCCAGCCCACCAGGGCAGAAGAUCUAUUCUGCUGCUAUCCCUGGAAUAUGGGGAGAGGCCCCUGCAAGCCGAGCAGGCCUUUCUGCAGAGUCAGUCACGUGGGACAGCGCUAGGACUCUCAACCUGGGGCAGGGGGCUGGGAAGAGGAAGAGGAUCAGAGGCACCAAAGCCUUUCUUGUUACAAUCAACUACAGAGAAAGGCGUUGCACACUCAGGACUUGCAUUUUCACACUUCUUGCCUCUCACAGCUCUGGGCCUGGCCUCCCUGGUCUCCCAAGGGUGUGCCUCUGGACCUUGCAAUGGUCUGGCUUCCCUGAGAACACACCCUGCAUCGGGAGAUAGCUCCAGCAGCUUGGUCAGACCAGACCUGGGCUCCCCAGAGAGCAAGGGCUGCUGCUCACCCAAGCCUGGCUGUUUUCUUGCCUGUGACCCAAGAGGCUGGGGAGCUGUGGGAAACUGACUGUCCAGCUGCAUGGAGGGGACUUUCCAGGCCGCAAACACCCCAAAGAGACUGUUUCCUUCAUAUACCUCUACCCCUGAGUGACUUAUGGUUCUGGGAUGAACCCUCCCAGGAGAUGCCAGAGGAUAGAGCCCCAGAGUUCCUGUCCUAAAGGGACCAGCAAGGGGAAGCCUCACUCUGCACUAUCAGGAGCUCCUCCUCCUUCGAGCAGGAUGGCGUCUUCGACACUCGAAUCCCUGACCCAGGAGGAAAAGCAAGCCACCCUCAGUAUCCCUCCAAGAGACUACCCAGGCAGGCCCCUCUCUCCCUCCCCCUCCCCAAAUAUCAUGCCACCCUCUCCAUGCCAACCUGGGACUGUGGGGGAGUUUUUAAUUAAAUAUUUUAAAAUACUUCAA